AUGCAAUCGCCAACAUCCAACCUCAUUGUGCCAGAGGCCAGUGAUGUCUCUACCUUUGGUGAUUUUAUAGAUCUCGAUGAUUAUGAUAUUCUUGAGCAUUACUCCGAAAACAUGGAUGAGCAUGAGUAUUAUCCUAUCUGCCUCGGAGAAAUUGUUGAAAAGAGAUAUUGUGUCAUGCAUAAAUUAGGCCAUGGGGCCUUUUCCACAGUCUGGCUAGCGCACGAUCUUCAAAAGAAAGUCGAUGUUGCUCUAAAAAUUAUGACUGCUGACUGCGAAUGGAAUUAUGAAUUUCGCAUGCAAAAUGAAAUCAUUCAACGUCUUAAGGAUACCGAUACCUCAAAUCUUCUUUUGUAUCAGGAUACUUUCUCUCUACGAGGUCGUGAUCCCGAUCGCAAUCAUCGCGUCCUCGUCUUCCCCGUGCGGGGUCCGAGUCUAAGCUCACCUCACACAGACAGAAUGUCAAUGGCUACUCGCAUGUCCGCUGCAAAGCAGCUGUUAAAAGCCAUAGAGUCUCUCCACGGGUGCGGAAUUAUUCAUGGGGACGUGAGCAGUGGGAAUGUUUUGUGGGAUAUGGUCCCUCUGGACAAGUACAACACGGCUACGAAAUACAAAUAUCUCGGUCGACCCGAAAAGGCAGCUCUACGACCUGGAGCUUGGAAAGCCGGAGAGCUUGUCAGUGAAGCAAAGAUACCUCAAUCUUUGCUGAGAGCAAAAGUAUAUCUCAGUGACUUUGGCCUUGCAACAGAUGCCAAUAUCAGAUCAUGA